AUGGCUUCUGCUGCCAUUAGAGUUCUGCUUCUUCUUCCUCUUCUUCCAUCUGCCACAUUGUCCCAAGCUCAAAGCAACAUAAACUUGGGCUCAUCUCUCCCUGCAGAUGGUCCGAACUCCUCAUGGAAGUCACCCUCGGGAGACUUUGCCUUUGGGUUCAAGAGGAUUAGUAAUGGGAGCUUUCUACUGGCCAUAUGGUUCGAUAAGAUACAUGAGAAAACAGUUAUCUGGUCUGCAAACGGGGAUAAGUUGGCUCCAGAAGGAUCAAAUGUUGAGUUGACCCGGGAGGGGCGUUUAGUUCUCAGUGAUCCAAAAGGUGAAGAAAUUUGGGCUACGCCGACGGAUACGGGAGUUUCCUAUGCAUCCAUGCUCGACACCGGGAACUUUGUCCUAGAGGAUGGAAAAGGCUCCAACCUGUGGGAGAGUUUCAGUCAACCUUCCGAUACAAUUCUGCCUACACAGGUGUUAGAUCAAGGGGCCAAACUUGUAUCCCGAUACUCUGCCACGAACUACUCAAGUGGAAGAUUUGAGCUUUGGUUGCAGGGCGAUGGGAAUCUUGUUAUGUACACUCCCCCGAUGUUCGACCCAACUUCCUCCUACUGGUCCACCCAAACUGCAGGCAGUGGCUAUCAGGUGAUUUUCAACCGGACAGGGCAGAUCUAUCUCACCUAUAGGAACGGUUCUGUGCUCAGUAAGAUAAUGUCUCAACCUGUCUCGAGCAGCGAGGUUUACCAGAGAGCGGUCCUCGAAUACGAUGGAGUGUUCAGGCAGUAUGUUUACCCGAGAAAUGCGAGCUUGGGUUCAGGGAGGGUCAUGGGCUGGUCCCAAGUUUCUUCCCCAGUCCCAACAAACAUCUGCACAAGUAUUAGGCAAAAUAUUGGUGUUGGGGCAUGUGGGGUGAACAGCUACUGUGUCCUCGAAGAUGACCAGAGGCCAAGAUGCAAAUGCCCAUCUGGGUACAGCUAUAUUGAUCCGUCAUACGAGAUGGAUGGAUGCAAGCCGGAUUUUCUACCUCAGAGUUGCGAUGAAGGUAUGCUGGAAAAAGAGUUAUUCACAAUGCGCGAUAUGAUCAACGUCAAUUGGCCACUCAAUGAUUAUGCUUUUUAUCGGAAUCAGGAUGAGGAGUCCUGCAGGCAGGCUUGUUUGAAUGAUUGCUUAUGCGAUGUUGUAAUAUUUGGAGGCAGCACCUGCUGGAAGAAGAGGAUGCCUGUCUCGAAUGGAGCGUUUGAUCCCAGUGCCAGUGACACAAAAGCCCUCAUCAAGGUGAGGACUAAUAACUCUACUCCGAAUAUCCCGCUUGGUGGGCCAAGGAAGAGAGAUAACAGGUCUAUGAUUAUUAUUGGAUCAGUCUUUCUGAGCAGCUCAGCAGCAUUAAACCUGUUCCUACUUCUCUUAACCUCCCUGAUUUGGUUCCGAUACACUCGCGGGCAAAAAGCUCUAGGUGUGAAACCGAAUGUGAUAAGUCCGUUCACUAGCAUGCAGAGUUUCACAUACCAGGAGCUCAGAGAAGUGACCGGUCAGUUCCAGGAAGAGCUGGGUAGAGGUGCUUUUGGGUCGGUAUAUAAGGGAGUUCUCACAUGUAAUGAGAGUAGGGUUAUUGCGGUAAAAGUAUUGGAAAAGUUAACUGCUGAUGGUGAUGGAGAGUUCAAUACCGAAGUGGGCACGAUUGGACGGACCAAUCACAGGAACCUUGUCGAACUCAUCGGGUUCUGCAACGAGGGCCAGAACCGCCUUUUGGUGUAUGAGUUCAUGCCAAAUGGUUCACUGGCUGAUUUUCUGUUUAAAGGUUCAAGGCCAAGCUGGUUUAAAAGGACCGAGAUUGCCUGUGGGGUAGCCAGGGGCCUCUUAUACCUCCAUGAGGAGUGCAGCAAGCAGAUUAUCCAUUGCGACAUAAAGCCGCAGAAUAUCCUACUCGAUGAGUCUCUCACGGCGAAGAUAUCCGAUUUCGGGUUAGCGAAGCUUCUGAUGACUGACCAAACACGAACUAUGACUGCGGUCAGGGGGACAAAGGGAUAUUUAGCUCCAGAAUGGUUCAGGAACAUGCCAAUUUCUGUUAAAGUGGACAUCUACAGCUUCGGUAUUCUGCUGCUGGAGCUGAUUUGCUGCAGGAAGAGCUGCGAGUUCGAAUUAUAUGAUGAGGAUCAGAUGAUACUCUCUGAUUGGGUUUAUGAUUGCUACUACCAAGGUAAGCUUGAUCUAAUUGGAGGGGGCGACGAGGAGAUGCUUGAAGACAUGAAGAGAAUGCGGAGAUUCGUUAUGGUAGCAAUGUGGUGCAUACAGGAAGACCCAUCUUUGAGGCCGCCUAUGAAGAAAGUCACUCAAAUGCUCGAAGGUGCAGUUGAGGUUUCUAUUCCACCGGCACCGUCCUCAUUUAUCGGUUCAAUCUAAUUAUUCUCCGUGCAAUCAGGAUAUUAGGUUUUUUAGUAUUAUGUUCUUGUUUGUCGGUGAUCUGAAAUAAAAUGUCGAACAUCUUAAUAUGUUUAAUAUGUUACAUACAAUUGAAGAUAGUUUCCGGGAAAAAAAAGGCUCAUUUCCUUUCCUGCAGACCGAACAACGAGUAUUCAUGGUCACAGGAGCUUUUCAGCAAAUAUUGUUUUAGAGAAGGAUAAAGUUUGAAUAAAUCGACAAGGCGAAUAAACCUGGAA